AUGUCCUCCACUAUCCCUUUAUCAGUAGCCAUCUACGACAAUCCCGGCAUCCUCCACUGGAGCCUCUACAUCGAAGCCGACAACGACGCCGACAAAACAAUCAUCCAAAUCCUCGGUGCGCGCCAGCGAUAUUUUCCUAAUAUAAAAACAUCCGACGCCCGGGAUGUGAGUGACCUAAUCGAGGUUCUGCACCUUUGUCGGAUUGACGCGAGCAAAAUCGAGAGUGCCAAGAAUAUCGCAUACGAUACGCCUAUCCGGAAUGACGUGGCGGACUGGAGUUGCCAGGAUUAUGUCCUUGCUGUCUUGGACAGGCUUGAAGAUGGGUUGGUCAUCGAUGGCCGGGACAGUGAUUAUAUCAGGAAUAAAGCGGUCGUUGCUGCGAAACGGGAGUCCUGGCUGUAA